CUUCGAAUGCGGCCUAGGGCACGGGCCUUCGACUUCCCGGCGACCCUCCCUGGGCCUCCGCCCGGCUCGCAGAGACCUCUUCGACCUCGCCCCAGAGACAACGUCGCCCGGACUCCGACCCUCCCGCUCCAGGCCAAGUCCGAGGCCCCGGCGACCCCUUAAGUUGGGGCUUAACCGUCUAACCCUUUGGCUGGAGCCCACCAGCCGUCGCCAUGGCAUGCAGUUUGCAGAAGCUAUUUGCUGUGGAAGAGGAGUUUGAAGACGAGGAUUUCUUGUCUGCUGUGGAGGACGCAGAGAACCAGUUUGCAGGCUCACGGCCUAUGAAUGCUGGAUGCCUCAGGCCUGUGUCUUCUAGGCCACAAGAGACCGUGCAGGCACAAUCUUCCAGGCAUCUGCCGUCAGGCCCCACUGCUCCUUCAGAGGCUUCGGGCCUACCAGCCCUGGGACUCCGCCUUCCUACCUCCAGCAUGCUCAGGGCUGCCAGGUGUCCACCUUCCACAGGAACCACCUCCCUAAAGCCUAUCUCGACUUCCAGCAGAACAGUGAUGCUGACAGAGGUGCUCAGAGAGCCAGCAAGACCCCUGUCCUCCCACCCCCUGCUCACCUUCGAGAGCCAACAGCAGGAGAUUGGUGGCUUUGAGGGACCUGAACAAGAUGAAUUUGAUAAGGUCCUGGCAAGCAUGGAGCUGGAAGGGCCUGGCAUGGAGCUGGAACUUGGAGUUGGCAGUGAAGCCACAGGAAUCCUGCCCACCUUACAGCGGGAAGACUCAAUAUUGGCUAAAAAGGCUCGGGUAGCUGAUCUGAGCAGAUCUUGCCAAAAGGAGCCCAUGCCUGCCCCCCACAUAACUAGUGUCACGUCAGUUCCUGAACAGAAUCAGCCUCCAGAUUCUGUUGGCCACUGUAGGACUCCACAGCCCCAUUUGAGACCUGGUGCCACGGGUAACCUUCCUAUUCCAACUGCCUCAGCAGUUCCCGCUCAACAACCCCAAUGGGAAGUCUCUCCCAAAGGUCCCCCUCUUCGAGCACUUCAGCCUCUCCAAGCUACUGGCAGGCCUAUUCAGAGAACUCAAAAUCAUGGCCCCAGUCAGCCACUCCAAUCUCCAAAUGCCUGCUUGAGUGGCAAAUCUCAUUUCCACGGACCACGAACUCCCAACUCAAACUGUUCUACUCCUUCAAGGACUGUCUCUGGAUUUUUCCCUCGGGGACCUUUACAGCCCCGAGCUCCAAUGUCUUCUGUCGAGUCGCCUAUCAUGACCCCAAAGGGCCCCCAUUCCUCUCUGGUUCCCCAAGCAGCUCUGCAGACACCCAUAGUCACCAACCACCUGGUGCAGCUGGUCACUGCUGCCAACCGGACACCGAACCAGCCCGCUCGAACUGCCACCCAAGCCAAAACACGCCGCUUCCCGGGCCCAGCAGGGAUCCUUCCUCACCAGCACAGUGGGAAAAAUCUGGAGGAGAUCAUGGUUUCCACGCCCCAGACUCCGACUCAUGGUGCUCUGGCUAAAUUCCAGACAGAGAUUGUUACAAGUUCCCAGGCAUUGGUGGAGGAGGAUUUUGGGCGAGGCCCUUGGCUGACCAUGAAAUCUGCUCUGGGCCUGGAUGAGAGAGACCCCACCUGCUUCCUCUCUACCUACAGCAUUGUCAUGGUGCUGCGGAAGCAGGCAGCGCUGAAGCAGCUUCCCAGGAACAAGGUCCCCAACAUGGCAGUGAUGAUCAAGUCCCUGACUCGGAGUGCAAUGGACGCCAGUGCGGUUUUCAAGGACCCCACGGGAGAGAUGCAGGGCACGGUGCAUAGGUUGCUGCUCGAGACGCGCCAGAAUGAGCUGAAGCCUGGCUCAGUGCUGCUGCUAAAGCAGAUUGGAGUGUUUUCUCCUUCACUCCGAAACCACUACCUCAACGUGACGCCCAACAACCUGGUCCAUAUUUACAGCCCAGAUUCUGGGGACGGGAACGUCUUCAAGCCAUGUCAGCCCUUCCCCAAGGAUUCAGGAAGCUUCCAUGGCAGCCUCCAGCAUGAGACUGGGAAGCCUGAGAAAGGCCCCAGAACAGCACAGAACCCAGAGGCAGGAGCAUCUCCUGCAGAAGAACUCCCAGAAGCAGAUGACCUGGAUGGACUCCUGAGUGAGCUCCCUGAGGACUUCUUCUGCGGGGUCAGCAGCUGGGACCGCCCCAAGGCAGGGCACCCGCCAUGAGCAGGCAGCCUCUGAGCCCCCAAGUGUGUGAUCAUGCCCAAGGGAGAGGAGGACCAACGUGACUGGAGAAUAGGCAAAGCUCUGGCCUGCUGUGGCUGCCUGCGCCCUGGACGCUUUCCUUGAAAGCAGCCUUGUCCCUCGGAGUCUGCACUGCCGUCACUUUGGAUCAUGUUUGGCACACCAGAAUUCAGCCCAGGACUGGCUCUCCUGCCCUGUUGUCGUCUAAGCCCCGGGGUGCAUUGUUCCUUCGCCUGUAACAGGGAAGGUGUGUCACUCUCUCAUCUCAGCUUGACCUUAGAGGAUGUUGGGCCUGGUUCCUUUACUCCCUAGUUCCUGGACAGCUGAGGGUCCUAGAAGAGCCACACCACAGCAGUGGUAACCUGUUCCCCUGGACAGGGAAGGGACACACUCAAGACUUGCCUCUGCUUUGUCUCUUGUGGCCUGUAGCUGCCCAGCUCAGCUGUAUCCAAGGUUCCCAAGUGCAGGGGCAGGGGAGUGGCUGUGGUACUUUGUUCUGAAAUAAAGCAGCCACUCGCUUCACUGCCUCCCUCUCCUUUUCACCCUCUCUGCUGCUUAUCCUGUUUGCCCUGCCAGUGGUGCUUUGACCAGGGCAGGGCCAAGCUACUCACUCUCAUUCAUUCUCUCUCUCUCUGUCUGUCUGUCUCUCUCUCCCUCCCCGCUUCCCCUUUCUCUUUCAACUUUUCCUUUUAGACAGUUUUAGAUUUACAGAAUUAUUACGAAGCUAUUACAGAGAGUUCCCAUAAUACCCCACAUUCGGCUUUCGCUAUUAUUACCAUCUUACGUCAGUAUGGAAGCUUUGUCACACUUAGAGAACCUGUACUGAUACAUUAAUAUUAACUGAACACCAUACUUUAUUCAGAUUUACUCAGUUUCCCCCCGAUGUCCUUUCUCUGUUCCAGGAUCCCAUGUUCCAUUUAGUCAUCGUGUCUCUUUAGGCUCCUCUUGGCUGUGGCCAUGUGCCAGACUUUCCUUGUGUUUUAUGACCUUGGCAACUUUGAGGAGUACGGCUCAGGCAUGUUGUAGGAUGCCCCUCUAUUGGAAUCUGUCUGAUGUUUUUCAUGAUUAUGUGUUUUGGGAGGAAGGCCACAGAGGUAAGGUGCUAUCGACAUGACACUGAUGAUCUUGACCAUCUGGCUGAGGUCGGGUUGUCAGGUUCUUCCACUGUAAAGUUACUCUUUUUCCCCUCCCUUUCCCUACUGUCCUCUUUGUACGGAAGUCACUGUGUGUAGCCCACACGUAAGGCAUGAGGAGCUAUGUUCCACCUCCUGAAGGGCAGAAUAUCCACGUAAAUUAUUUAGAAUUCUUCUGCAUGGGAGAUUGGUCUGUUCUCCCUCGUUUUUUUAAAUUCAAUCAUUCAUUUAUGUCAGUAUGGACUCGGGUAUUUAUUUUAUGCUUUGGGUUCUAAUCCAAUACUCCUUUAUUUAUUUUGAUGCCAAGCGACACCUGUCGCUUCUCUGUACCACCGUUCAAACCACAGUUGGACAAGGGGCAUG